CGAUAAUGAGUGAACGUGUCAUUUGUCUGUUUAUUCUUUUAAACAUUAACACAGUUACGGUCUUUUCAAAGAGGAAAAUCACAGAUGAUGACAUGAAAAUAUAUAGACAGAGAGUUGAAUCCAUGUUUCACCAUGCCUAUGAUGGGUACAUAAAGCAUGCCUAUCCUUAUGAUGAGUUGAGACCUCUGACAUGUGAUGGACAUGACACUUGGGGAAGCUAUUCACUUACCUUGAUAGAUGCAUUAGAUACACUUGCAAUAAUGGGAAACUACACAGAGUUUCGAAGGGUGGCUGAGCUGAUUAUUGACAAAAUGAACUUUGAUACCGACAUAAAUGCUUCAGUUUUUGAAACUAAUAUCAGAAUUCUUGGAGGAUUAUUGUCUGCCCAUUUGUUUACAAAGCGAGCAAGAAUGGAGGUAGAACCAGGCUGGCCCUGCUCUGGCCCACUCCUAAGGUUGGCAGAGGAUGUGGCAAGGCGUCUUCUUCCUGCAUUUGACACACCAACUGGUAUGCCUUAUGGAACAGUCAACCUUAAACAUGGUGUGCCUAAAGGGGAGACUACUGUGACAUGUACUGCUGGAGUUGGGACAUUCCUGAUUGAGUUUGGAACACUAAGUAGGCUGACUGGUGAUCCUGUUUUUGAGAAAGUGGCUGUGAGAGCAAUGCGGGCUCUCUGGAACUCAAAGUCAGCUCUGGAUUUGGUUGGAAACCAUAUUGAUGUAGCUUCAGGGAAAUGGACAGCACUUGACUCUGGUAUUGGAGGGGGUAUUGAUUCAUACUUUGAGUAUCUAGUGAAGGGGGCCAUCAUGUUUGAUAUUCCUGAAUUUCUGGAACACUUUAGAGUUUAUGAGAAAGCAAUUGUAAAACAUGUAAAAAGAGAUGACUGGUAUAUGUGGGCACAUAUGACCAAAGGAGGGAUAACUCUGCCUAUGUUUACCUCAUUAGAUGCUUACUGGCCAGGAAUUCAGAGCUUGUUGGGUGAUAUAGACAGUGCCAUGAAAACAAUUCAUAACUUCCACCAAGUCUGGAGGCAGUUUGGUUUUCUGCCUGAGUACUAUAACAUUCCGAAGAGUGAGGCUCACACAGGGAGAGAGGGGUACCCACUUAGACCAGAACUGAUAGAGAGUGCUGUAUAUCUGUACCAGGCCACCAGAGACCCUUACUUAUUGGAGAUAGGUAUAGACAUGUUGGAGGCCAUAGAACACAGCACCAAAACCAAGUGUGGAUAUGCAACUGUGAAAAAUGUUAAUACUCAUCAACUUGACAACAGAAUGGAAAGUUUCUUUUUGGCAGAGACAACAAAAUAUCUAUACCUACUGUUUGAUCCAGAUAAUUUUAUCCACAACAAUGGUAGUCAUGGCACGGUUAUACACACCCCAAAUGGUGAAUGUGUAGUUGAUGCUGGAGGAUAUUUCUUUACUUCAGAAGCACAUCCUAUAGAUGCAGCUUCAGUGUACUGUUGUAGCAGCCAGAAGAAGGAAGAUGAUGUUGUCCUAGAAAGGAUGCAUGAUAGUCUGGAUUUACUAUCUCUGUUUAAUAUUGAAGAUGAGGACAGUAGACUCAAAGGGAAAAAGCUGAAAUCUUUUACCCAAGAUUUACAUGGUGACAAGUUUUAUCAAACUGAGGCUCAGAGUUCAGAAAACUCUUCUUCAGGGAAAGGAUUUGAGAAUUCUGUGAUGGAAAUUUUGACCAGUUAUCUUAAGAAUGCAGAAGGUGCUGAUCCUGAUUCCAGCCUUUCAAAAUUGGGAGCCAGUUUAGAGUUACUCAAAUCCCAGAUGACCAAACUAGAUUCAAGUUUGAAGGAUUCAAAAGAUAUUAGCAAUGAGGAUGAAACAAUAGUGGAUAUGAGAAAAUCCACCGAAAUGGAAGAGAAAUUAGAAAUAUUAAAACCAGAAACACAGCUUGAGAAUACAGAAAAAUUAGAACCAGUCUCAAACACAGAACAAAAUAAAGGGAGAGAAAAUUUACCUAAUAAUGAUAUGAAACCAGAACCACCAACUCCCAUCUCACAAGUGGCCCCAACUGAAGCACAGACACCACCUGCUGCUUCAAAAUAUGAAAAUGUGAGACUUGAUGAAAGUACAGAUUCAUCUUCAGGAGAGUCUCUGAAUGAGAAAGGUGUUGAACAGCUGAUUAAUGUAAAUAUCAGUGAAGAAAUUAAUAGUGAAAAUGUUAAUUCAAAAGUAGAAGGAAAUUCAAAUUUAAAACAGACUUCAAGAACAGACCCAGGAAAAGUCCCAAAAAGUGUUGUGUUGAGUGUAAAAACUGACAAUACAGGACAAGCUACUGUAGAGACUAGUGAAACACAGAAGGGCAACUCAAAGCAUGUGUUUCACAUAACUAAAUUUAACACAGCAAAACAAAGUAAUUUAUUUAAUUUAGAAAACAUAUAUAACCUUUUAGGAAGCACUUAUCAAAAGGACCCUGUUUCUACUCCCAAUAUAAAUCAUUUGUAUCAGACUAUUAAGUAUUAUCCUCUACAAUAUAUAGCUAAACCAGAAUUGAUGGUUUGUAAAUCACAACCAUUUCAUAUGCGAUUUUCAGUGAAAGGUGAAAUGUUUUCAAUCAAGAAUGACUAAUAAAUGAUAUACUUUAUUUACCUUUA